GUCGUUUUCACUGAACACUCGCUUAUGUGUUGUGUUUUGGUCUCAAAAACACAUGAUUUUCUUCAAUUCAAUUCAAUUAACGACUAAAUUAUGUUUAGAUUUGGUUUGUGUUUAACCCGUGUUUGCCAUACAUUCACGUCUAUCGCCAAUAAUUGUUGUCAUUUGACGCAAACAAAUGUCUUAAUAAACACCCAAUUUGUCCGAAAUAACAGCUCUUUCUAUACGAGAGAAAGGGGAUCAGUUAUGGAGGGGAGCGAUGGGAGUGAGCAAAAUGUCAGCGAAGAGGGGCCGUAAGGGCGGAGGCGGCAAAAUCAUGAAACACGACCUCAACAGAGGACAGCGUAUUGGUGUCGGCCGACAGCGGAUGGUAUGGCCUGGACUUAACGCACCCGUACUUCUCGGCCGACAGACACUGCGGCUCAAGUCGUUGGGCAAAGACGAGAUGUUUGACCAGAAUCUGGCCACUGCUAGGAGUCGUAUGAAACGCUUCUCAGCGGCUAAAGUACACCCUCUGGAGAGGGGUUGGAGCGGCACUAAAAUGGGCGGCCGUUGGAUCGGACCCCCGGACCCCGUCUACGGCGAAGAGUUUGUCGGCUUUGACACCAAAGUAUUGGCUUUGAAACCGAUUUUUAAAAUGACAGCUAUUUUUGGUAAACAUAAACGAUAUUAUUGUCUGUCAGUGACGGGGAAUGUGAACGGUUUGGCCGGUUAUGCGGUCGGCAAACACAUAGACAGUAAGACAGCGUUGAUUAAGUCGAAGAAUAAAGCGGCACAACGUCUCCAAUACAUGAAUCUAUACGAAGGGAACUCUCUUUACCAUAACUUUUACUCCAAGUUUUGGGCGACAGAACUGUUUGUCCGUAAAAUGCCUAAAGGAUAUGGAGUGCGGGCCCACCGGUGCGUGACUGCCAUUUGCGAGGCGUUGGGUCUGACGGACAUCCACUGUAAGGUCGAGGGCGCCAAUAAGAACUACCUCCACAUUACCAGAGCCUUCUUUAAUGGACUCCAAAACCAGAAGACAUAUCAACAAAUGGCCGACGAAAAAGGUCUGAAUGUCGUGGAACUGGUCGGUGACUACGAUUACCCCAAAGUGUUGGCCAAACCUACAAACAAGUGUCGCACCGAUGAGGAGAUCAGUGCGGAUGAGAUACUCGAUUACGAUAUGUUUAUAUAUAACGGAAGAGUAAUACAACCGGCGAAACAAAAACCACUUUACUAUACGAAGGAUAAGGGAUGGGAAACAUAUACGAAGAAAUGGCAAUACAAACAGAGUCAACAACUCUCACGAAUACAACUCAUUGCCGAAUACGGAUCACUCGAGAGCUAUAUAACACAAAUGGAUAGACAGAGACUCAAAGACAAACGAGUGAAAGCCUUGGAUGGCAUGUCUCUCGAGACCAGUGAUGGCACCGCCACCACAGAUGAUAAUGAAGUUCACACUUGAAUUGAAAAUAAAAUUUUAUUAAUUAGAAUAAAACAUGAUUCGAUAACAAACAUCAGAUAUAAUCAGACUUUCAGUUAUAAUUCAAUUUUAUAUAUAGAGAGCU